CCUUCAAAACUGCAUGAUUUCUUCCGGCCUUUACAACUUGUACUGAUCGCGGAUUGCAAGGUUAUAAACAAUACAUACAAUCCCACGUAUGGCUGCCGGUAUUGAUAGAGUUGAAGAGGAGGAAAUCUCAAGAAUGGAAGAAGGCGUUGAAAGCAACAAGCGGGAAUACGAUUAUCACAAGGGCUUUUUCUCAUCAAAAGAUAUCAUUAUCAUCCUGCAAAAGAUUGUAGCAGAGGUGGUUGGGACCUACUUUGUAAUUUUUGCCGGGUGUGGCUCAGUUGUUGUGAAUAAAAUCUAUGGCAACGUCACAUUUCCAGGCGUUUGCGUGACGUGGGGACUGAUAGUGAUGGUCAUGGUUUACACCGUGGGUCAUGUUUCGGGGGCUCAUUUUAAUCCUGCUGUCACAGUUGCAUUUGCCAUCUUUCGUGGGUUUCCCUGGAGAGAGGUGCCUCUGUACAUUCUGGCUCAAUUGAUGGGCUCGACUCUGGCCAGUUGCACAUUGGCUUUGAUGUUCGAUGUGGCUUCCGACGAUUAUUUUGGUACCGUACCAGCUGGGUCCGAUGGACAGUCUCUUGCCAUAGAAAUUAUCAUCUCCUUCCUAUUAAUGUUCGUCAUCUCCGGCGUCGCCACGGACAGUAGAGCGAUAGGAAACCUGGCAGGAAUCACAGUGGGAAUGACCAUCAUGCUAAACGUGUUCGUGGCAGGGCCAGUUUCGGGUGCAUCGAUGAAUCCAGCAAGGAGCUUUGGUCCAGCCAUAGUUAAGCAUGUUUAUAAAGGCUUAUGGGUUUAUAUAGUUGGACCAAUUAUCGGAACCAUACUCGGAGCAUUUGUCUAUAACUUGAUCAGGUACACUGAUAAGCCGCUCGAAGAGCAUUUGAAAGGCGGAUCAUUUCGCAACAGUCUUUCCAGAAAAUAUUUUGAUAAUUCUAGCUAGGGAUGAAGGCUUGUUUGCCCUGGAGGCUUGGACAUGUAAAUAUUUGAAAAGUAUUUAGUGUCUGUAGCUUUAUUUGCUUCAACUGUUUUGGUUAUGAUUUGUGGAUCUUCUUGUGAAACAUUUGUUUAUUACUCAAUAUGAGGUUUUUUACCCAG